AUGGCACGACCCAACGCCCAACCUGGCGGUCCUUUGCUAGCUGCGCUGCAGGAAACAACUACCGCAGCUACUAUUAAGGCCGCUGAGGGUCAGAAGAUCUGCAGCCCUAUUGCGGCCUUCCUCGACGAACACCGGAGCCAGACGGGCCUGGCGUUCCACCAGCGAGGAGCGCUCGAGGCGCUCAGCAAUGACCUGGCUGAGGUAGCCCAAAGACACUUCAACGCCUAUAUCAGCGGCGUCCCCCUGACUACCACCUCUCUGGCCACUGGCCCUGCCCCAGACCCUGUUACGCUACCCCCCUCCCCUCCUCCCUCUCGCCCCGCCUCGGGCCUCGCCCAGGCCACGUACGCAACUGUCGUUCAAACAGUCCCAACCAGAACGGCCGGUGGAAUACAGAAUCGAACCAAGAGCAAGGAGGUUGUUGAGAUGUCUAAAUGGCAUAAGUCAAGCGGCACCUACCGCAGCCCGCCGCUGAAGGGCCCCCUGAGGCCGGACAGGCCCCCGGCAGUGGCCUUGCAAGAAUAG